AGGCAGUUCAGAUGAGUUAAAGAGGUUAUGUUUCUAUUCACAAUUGAAAUCAGUUGUGUUCACCAUAGCUUCCGCAUUUCUCAGUGGACAAUCAGUGGAUUCAGUGUCAUCAGUUGAGCAUACAAUGCUCGAGUCUACAUUGAAUUAGAAAAUACAAAUGGAAUAAAACAAACGAGUGCUCAUUCGUUCCAUUAGUUCCAUUAAAUUAACGAGGCAAUUAUAAUUCGUCAAUGUCAUUUGAUUACACCAAAGUUGUGAGGUUUAUUGGAAUGUGAAAAAUGAUGAGAGUGAUCAAACAAUAAUAUCGAUGGAACUAAUAUGAAUGGAAGAGAUAUCCAGUCGAACUGUUUGUUACAUGUUUUAUCGAAAAUAAACAGACAUGUGUGGCGUAUGGCAAUGGCUCGAUCAUGGCUAAAGUGCUUCGUAUUCCUCCUCACAGUAUUAAUUAUCAUCUGUUUUUAUACUUUUUUUCGUGGACAAGCAGGCAAGUUGAAAUCUCCAAAUGUGAUUACCAUUAUUACACCGAAAAUACCAACCACUGACAUCUUCGAAUUCAAUAAACCAGAAGUAUUCAACGAAAACGCUCAAAAGAAUUGUAAUCCGCUAAAUAUUGCUCUGGUUUGCGCCGGAUACAACGCCACUCAAUCUCUAGCAACAGUAGUCAAGUCCAUUAUUUUUCAUCGCUCACGACCGGUGCAUUUUCAUCUUCUAGUGGAUGAAAUAUCCAGAAAAACCAUAGAAACUUUAUUUAUUACCUGGGAUUUGCCACAAGUGAAUGUAUCAUUUUAUCCAGCGGAGCCCUGGAUACCAAAGGUAUCAUGGAUCCCCAAUAAGCACUACUCAGGUGUCUACGGUCUCUUAAAGCUCAUUCUUCCCGAAGCACUGAGUGAGGAUUACGUUCUAGUUCUUGAUACAGACGUAACAGUUCUCACAGAUCUCUCAAGUCUCUGGGACAGAUUCAAGCAGUUCGACAGUCAACACAUGCUGGGAUUAGCUGAGAACCAGAGCGACUGGUACAAAAAAACUCUUGCAUAUGGACAAAGUCCUUGGCCAGCUGUGGGCAGGGGCUACAACACUGGGAUUAUGUUGAUGAAUCUCAGGGUUUUGAGGAGAAAAAAAUUUCACGAUUUGUGGGUGAAUACGACGUACGAAGUGUUGAGGGAUAUUUCAAAUUUUACUAGUUUAGCUGAUCAAGAUGUUAUCAAUGCUGUUAUUAAAAAAUACCCAUAUGUUGUUUACACAUUGGACUGUGCGUGGAAUGUGCAGUUGAGUGAUCACACGUUGAGUGAACAGUGCUACAGGAAUACUGAGAAGAUAAAGAUUCUCCACUGGAAUUCUCCCCGGAAACAGGAAGUCAGGAACAAACACUCUAGUGAUUUCAACCGAAUGCACCGAGUUUUCCUCGAAAUGGACGGAAAUUUACUUCGUCGAAGAUUGUUUUAUUGCCAUCAGGUUGAAAUACCUACUUACGUAAAUCACACAGACUCUUGUGGAAAAUUCACGAUGGCUUCGACAAUCGUUUACAGAACACAUCUAUUUUUCCUCGAAUAUGAAUACAACAUUUACUCGAAUACGGAUAUCGCCUUAGUUACUCAAUGCAGCGCUGAUAGAAUCAGUCUGCUGGAUGAAUUGUGCAAACGUUGGCCAGGAACAAUCAGUAUUGCUGUGUACCUAACUGAUGCUGAACUCCAGUAUUUUCUCGAUUUUAUUGGAAACUCCGAUACAUUGAGGGGGAGAAAAAAUAUCGCUUAUCAUAUCGUCUACAAAGAGGGGGAGUAUUAUCCUGUUAAUUACCUGAGAAACAUCGCAAUAUCCCAGGUCUCAACGCCGUACAUAUUCCAGAUAGACGUGGAUUUUCUCCCUCAAGUGAAUCUUUACGAGAAUCUGAUGUCGUAUAUUGUGAAAUUAAAUCUCACUGGCACGGAUAAAACGGCUCUGAUAGUUCCGGCGUUUGAGACCCAGCGUUACAGGUUUACGUUUCCGACUAAUAAAGACGAACUUCUCAAGUAUCUGAAUUGUGGGAUACUGUACACGUUUCGUUAUCAUGUUUGGACGAGGGGUCAUGCCGCUACAAAUUAUAGUUUUUGGAAAGUGGCAGUUGAUCCCUAUGAAGUUACGUGGGAGCCGGAUUUUGAGCCUUACAUCGUAAUAUCUAAAUCCACACCCCUAUACGACCAAAGAUUUAUCGGCUUUGGGUGGAACAAAGUCUCGUACGUCACACAUUUAACUGCCCUGGGAUACAAAUACGUUGUAUUGCCAAACGCAUUCAUUAUUCAUCGACCCCACGGCCCCAGUGCAGACAUUGGAAAAUUUAGAACAGAUCCAUUGUACCGCAGGUGUCUGAAGCGGCUCAAGGAUAAAUUCGUCGAGGAGUUGAUUGCUAAUUACGGCGAGGAGGCAUUGUCAAGAAUCAAGAAAAUUACCAAAGAAUAAUCAAAAAGGAAAGCCCAACCAUGAGAAUAUUUUUACAUUGUAGAGAAUAAUGAAGAUAAUUGUAUUUUUCUUGAUCAAAGAGCAAUUUAUGCGAUAACGAAAUGCCAAAUAAUUUUUUGAACUUUUAUGCAAGAAUGAAAGUUUUAUUUUUAUUUUUAUCAUUUUUUUGUGGGAAUUUUGUUAAGAGGGGUGAUGUAAAUAAAAAAGUGAGGAAUCUAUUUUUUUUUUAUUGGCUUGGGAAGUAUUUAUUAAAAUUUAACCCAUUCAAUAGAGUGUACAGAACAGUUCUUCCAUAUACAUCAUCAUAGAUUUACAAUCUAAUUAUGUUCAUAAUGUUUUAUUUGUUUCUCAUCUUUUAUUAUAAAAUAUGUAUCAUAUGUACACAAAAUCAGUUGUAUUUCAUAGAAAUAAUUUCUCCAUCGAUUAGUAGAUAUCAGAAACAUUCUCAUUUAUUCCACGUCUGAAUCUUAUGUUUUUCAUACAUAAUUUUUUUUAUCUCUUUAUCUUUGUAUAAAAUAUUAUCUCAUUACUGACAGUAAUUAAAUGGCAAUUAUCGAAUGAACCAUCAAAUUUUUAAUUAAUACUAGAAAUAAUCAUGAUUGACGAAGAACAAUAAGCACAGUAUUAUUAUGGCAAUUACAAAUGCACAUUGCAUUAUAAAUUUUUAUUUUCACUUAUUAACAAUACUAUAUCACGUACAUCAUUAAAAUUAUUCUAUUUCAGCUAUAAUACAUCGUGUUUCUUCCCUCAUUAACAUAAUUACGUCAUCAUUCACUGCAUUCAUUUUCUCUAAACGUAGCUCAUGGCUUUCAUAUUUUUCUCUACUCUCAUUAACAUUUUUUAAUGCUCCUCUUAUACAUAAUAAUCUGAUGGAAGAUAUCAGUUAAUUAUUCACUGAUAUUGAUUUGGAAUUGUCAUAGAAGUUCUCGCAAUGUCUGAUAUAGAAAUGCUUUGUCUUUUCUUCAUUGUAUAAAAAAACUAAAAAAAGUGUAAUAAAAAAAUUAAGGAAA